CCCUGGAGACAGAGCGCCCCUCCUUCCCUCUUUCCUCCCACAACUUCCGGUCUGGAGGGGAGGGGGCGGGGCAGUGCGGAAGCGGCGGCCCCGCCGGAGAGGAAGUGAGGCCAGCGCCUCAGGCAGCGGCUGCACGAAGAACCCCGCGGAGGUGGCCGUUCUGCCUCUGACAAAGGAAAAUGGCAUUCAGUAAAGGUUACCGAAUCUAUCAUAAACUGGACCCACCACCAUUCAGCGUGAUAGUUGAAACCAGGAGCAAGGAAGAAUGUCUCAUGUUUGAGUCUGGAGCUGUGGCUGUUCUCUCAUCUGCAGAGAAAGAAGCAAUUAAGAACAUGUACUCCAAGGUGAUGGAUGCAUAUGGACUUCUAGGUGUAUUAAGAUUAAAUCUUGGAGAUACAUUGUUACAUUAUCUAGUACUUGUCACAGGAUGUAUGUCUGUGGGAAAGAUUCAAGAAUCUGAGGUUUUUCGUGUUACUUCCACUGAUUUAAUAUCAUUACGCAUGGACCCAUCUGAUGAAGAACGCAUCUCUGAAGUGCGCAAAGUUUUGAAUUCAGGAAACUUUUAUUUUGCAUGGUCUUCAACUGGUGUCAGUUUAGAUCUUAGUCUAAAUGCCCACCGUAGCAUGCAGGAACAAAGCACCGAUAACAGAUUCUUCUGGAACCAGUCUCUGCACUUACAUCUUAAACACUAUGGCGUGAACUGUGAUGACUGGUUGUUGCGUCUCAUGUGUGGAGGAGUAGAGAUUAGAACAAUUUAUGCAGCUCAUAAGCAGGCAAAGGCUUGUAUUAUCUCACGACUAAGCUGUGAACGUGCUGGGACAAGAUUUAAUGUUCGAGGAACAAAUGAUGAUGGUCAUGUGGCCAAUUUUGUUGAAACUGAGCAGGUGAUAUUCCUAGAUGAAUGUGUUUCAUCUUUUAUACAAAUCCGUGGAUCUGUUCCAAUGUUUUGGGAGCAACCUGGUUUGCAAGUGGGAUCCCAUCGCGUUAGAAUGUCAAGAGGUUUUGAAGCAAAUGCACCAGCCUUUGACAGACAUUUUCGUACUCUUAAAAAUAUGUAUGGAAAGCAGAUAAUUGUGAAUCUCCUUGGGCCAAAAGAAGGAGAGCAUAUGCUUAGCAAAGCCUUUCAGAGCCAUUUAAAAGCAUCUGAACAUGCUGAUGACAUCAAAAUGGUGAACUUUGACUAUCAUCAAAUGGUUAAAGGUGGAAAGGCAGAAAAGCUACACACCAUUCUUAAACCACAGAUCCAGAAAUUCUUAGACUGUGGAUUUUUUUUCUUUGAUGGAAAAGAUGUUCAAAGAACUCAGAGCGGUACUAUAAGAACAAACUGCUUGGAUUGUCUUGAUAGAACAAACAAUGUGCAAGCUUUCGUUGGUUUAGAGAUGCUAACAAAACAACUGGAAGUUUUAGGUUUGGCUGAAAAACCUCAGCUGGUUACUCGAUUCCAGGAAGUAUUUCGAUCCAUGUGGUCUGUUAAUGGGGAUUCAGUCAGCAAAAUAUAUGCUGGAACAGGAGCUCUUGAGGGAAAAGCAAAGGCUGGGAAGCUGAAAGACGGUGCACGUUCUGUGACCAGAACAAUUCAGAAUAACUUUUUUGAUAGCUCAAAGCAGGAAGCUAUUGACAUUCUACUGUUGGGGAAUACCCUAAAUAGUGAUUUAGCAGACAAAGCACGGGCCCUCUUAACAACCGGCAGUUUACGUGUUUCAGAGCAGACUUUGCAAUCAGCAUCAGCAAAAAUAUUGAAGAGCAUGUGUGAGAAUUUUUAUAAGUACUCGAAGCCAAAAAAAAUCCGGAUUUGCACUGGAACAUGGAAUGUGAACGGUGGGAAGCAGUUCCGAAGCAUUGCCUUUAGAAAUCAGACCCUCACUGACUGGCUUUUAGAUGCACCAAAGAUUGGUGGCAUUAGCGAAUUCCAAGAUCGAAGGAGCAAGCCUAUUGAUAUCUUUGCUAUAGGGUUUGAAGAAAUGGUAGAACUAAAUGCAGGAAACAUUGUGAGUGCAAGCACAACCAAUCAAAAACUAUGGGCUGCUGAAUUGCAGAAGACUAUCUCAAGAGAUUACAAAUAUGUUCUGCUGGCUUCAGAACAGUUGGUGGGUGUCUGUCUCUUUGUAUUCAUCAGGCCUCAGCAUGCGCCAUUUAUCAGGGAUGUUGCAGUUGAUACAGUGAAGACUGGCAUGGGAGGAGCUACUGGCAAUAAGGGUGCAGUGGCAAUUCGAAUGUUGUUUCAUACCUCUAGCCUCUGCUUUGUAUGCAGUCACUUUGCUGCAGGACAGUCACAAGUCAAAGAGAGAAAUGAAGAUUUCAUUGAAAUAUGUCGAAAACUGAGCUUCCCAAUGGGCCGAAUGCUUUUUUCCCAUGAUUAUGUGUUUUGGUGUGGUGAUUUUAAUUACCGAAUAGAUCUUCCCAAUGAGGAAGUAAAAGAACUAAUUCGGCAGCAGAACUGGGAUGCCCUUAUUGCAGGAGAUCAGCUUAUUAAUCAGAAAAAUGCUGGGCAGAUAUUUAGAGGCUUUAUAGAGGGAAAAAUAGCUUUUGCCCCUACAUACAAAUAUGACUUAUUUUCUGAUGACUAUGAUACCAGUGAAAAAUGCCGUACACCCGCUUGGACAGACCGCAUCUUGUGGCGGAGAAGAAAAUGGCCUUUCGACCGAUCAGCUGAAGACAUGGAUCUUCUAAAUUCCACUUGUCAUGAUGAAAGUAAGCUUAUUUAUACUUGGAGUCCUGGAACUUUAUUAUAUUAUGGAAGGGCAGAACUGAAAACAUCUGAUCAUAGACCUGUUGUUGCAAUGAUUGAUAUAGACAUUUUUGAAGUUGAUGCAGAUGAGCGACACAACGUUUACAAAGAAGUAAUUUCAGUACAGGGGCCACCUGAUGGUACUAUCAUGGUGUCCAUAAAAGGGUCUUCCUCAGAAGAUAAUUAUUUUGAUGACAACUUAAUUGAUGAACUUCUUCAGAAGUUUGCAACUUAUGGUGAAGUUAUACUAAUAAGAUUUGUGGAAGACAAAAUGUGGGUGACAUUUUUGGAAGGAAGCUCUGCUUUAAAUGUUCUGAGCCUCAAUGGUAUUGAGCUCCUUGGGAAAACAAUCGAUAUUAGUUUGAAAAGCCCAGACUGGAUUAAAACCUUGGAAGAAGAGAUGAGUCUGGAGAGAGUUAACAUUGGAUUACCUUCAUCCACAAGUUCCACUUUGCUUUGUGAAGAUGCAGAGGUUUCUGCAGAUUACGAUAUGGAAGGUGAUAUUGAUGACUAUAGUGCAGAAGUAGAAGAAAUUCUUCCUCAGCAUCUACAGCCAACACUAGGUUCUGGUCUUGGAGCCUCACCGGGCUCUUCCCCUCGUUCGAGCCCCUGCCAGUCACCUACACUCUCAGAUGGACCACCUCCAGCCCUUCCAUCAAGACCAAGUAGGGCACCUAACAAAACUCCUGGCCCACCUACGUCAUCUCAAGGUUCUCCAGUAGAUUUCCAACCAAUUAAUCAUCAACGAGAGUCUGCUCAAGGCUUGGAACCAAAACGCCCACCUCCACCCCGCCCUGGGGCACCUCCUGCUCGCCCUGCUCCACCACAAAGACCACCUCCACCAUCAGGGGGUAAGAGUCCUGCACUUGCUAGAAAAGAAAUUGGAGGUCUUGGCGCUCCUCCCAGCCCUAAUGUAGCUAGGAGAGAAGAAGCUCAGAAAAGCCCUGGGCCACAAAGAAGAGACAUGGUUCAGAAUCAAUCACCGCCUCUAACUGGAGUUACAAACACGGGAACUUCUGGAUACACUGCUGGUAGACCGACUAUUCCUCCUCGAGCUGGCGUCAUCAGUGCACCAUUAAGCCAUGUCCGUCCUCCCAUGGGAAGGAACACACCAGAACUCCAACCGAAACCAGCAGAACUGCCAAGAGGAUCUCCUAUGCUUCCUGAACCUAUUAAACCACAGGCUGCAACUCCAGUUCCCACCCCUCAGCAGCCUCCUGCCCUAAAAAUGCAGGAGCCUCUUAUACCUACGGUCACACCAUCUCAAACACCUUCUCCACAAAACCUGGAAGCCCCACCACAGCCGCCCCCACGCAGCAGGUCAUCCCAGAGUUUGCCUUCAGAACCCGUUCCUUCAGAGAAACAAAUUAAAGCAAAUGGAAUUCAUGCCAUUCAGCUUGAAACAAAGCUAAACAAUGAUCCUUUUGAAGAUCUGUCCCUUCAGCUGCUUUCAGCAUCCAAGAUUCAGUCCUCAGUUCGAAUGUCACCAGUACCUUUAAACCAAAAGAAGCUGACAACGUUGCCUUCUGCAACAGACUGUUUUAAUACCUCGAGUAACAUCAAUUGCAUGCCAGCAAUACCACUUAUUCCAACAUAUAGUAAACCUGAAGAAUCAAAAUCUAGUUCUUCAAAUUUAUUUGCUAUUAGCACAAACCCAUUCACUGAGGAAACUAUUAAUGCUGGGAAUCCAUUUAGAACAGAGAUCCAAGGAUCGAGAGCAACUUCACAAGGCUCAUCAGAAGGACCCGCUGCUUAUACAUAUCCAGCCCUAAAGCUUUCUAGUAAUCAAACAGGCAAGGCCACAUUUUCUGUCAAUGUGUUUAAAGAUGAUUUUCAUUUGCAAAGUGCACCUUCCAUAUCUAACAAUGGAAAACCGAAAGGAUGGGUAACCUUUGAAGAAGAGGAUGUCGUGUUGAAGCUAAAAUCGCCAGUAAAUCUCACUGAAUUGAAAAGAGUUAGUUCCCUGAAAGCAACUUCUUUUCCAGAUUCACUGAGUACUGAUCACAAUAUAUUUAGUUCAGACUCUACCAUUUACAGCACCCAGAGCAAGAGCUUAGAUUUUCCCCACCCAUUACCAGCAAGACCCCCACCUGCACCCCCUAUACCCUCCAGAUCCGCCAGCACCAGAUCCACUAUCAACCCUUUCAUUCCCUUGACGUCUAAGGUUUUAUCAACCCAAGAUUUUACAAAAAGAUAAAUUCUUUUAGACUGGGUAUUUAAGCUACUCACUAAGAGUAUCCACUAGAAUGGGCAUUGAUGUAAUUCAUUGUGUGCAAUAAUUUUGUCAGAUGCACUGAACCUUAAAUAUUAGAUCACUAUGUACAAAUUUUAAAGUUGUAUCUGUAUAUAUGGUAAUGCACAAAGAUAAUUCUGUAACUGAUCUGAUUAUGCCACCUCUAAAAGGGCACAAAAGGAAAAAAUGUUUAAAUCCCAUUAUAAUUCAUAGGAGUCUCCUAGAAAAUUUGGUGUUCUUUCCACUAAUGAAAAAGAAAGAAAAGCCACAAGUACUACUUUCUCUGGAAAAUGCACAUAAUUUGUAUUAUUUCUGUUCCUUGUGUAAGAGUUGAAUUGCUAUUUUAAAUAUAUUUCUUGCUGGUAGAACCUAUAAUUACUUCCAUUAUUUGAUAAUUCAUGUAUUUAUAAGUCCUGACCAAAGAACUGCCAAAGUUUAAUUAAAAUACUGACUGUUUAAAGGUAAUAUAGGGGAAAGUAAAUUCUAUUUCAGAGGUUUAUGAAUAUUUCAUAGAGUGAAAUUCUCAUAGGAGUCAAGGAAACAUUGACAUAUAGCAUAUAGUAAUAUAUAUUACGUUUCACUGCAAAUAUAUUAUUGUUUCACACAUGUGGGAAAUGUGAUUUUAUUAUUAUCCAACUUUACUUUUGCUUUCGACACAAUUCAAGAUGAACAACGUUCCUAUUCUAACCUUCCAGAAAAACGAUUAUUUGCUUUCAAUGUAGAGCAAAAUCUCAUUACUGAAGUAUUCAGUGCAGUCAUUUUGAUAUGAAGAUGUGGGUAAAGUAGUAGUCAUAUGUAUGGUCCACAAAUUUCAAUUUUGUUUGCUUCCUGCCUUGCUAUUUAUAGAAGUGCUGUGUUUCAAAUUUGGUUUUGGAAGAACAGACUAUUUUUGUACUGUCCCAUUACAUUUUUUUAGAAGUAUGACCUUCUCAAGACAGAAGCAAGCUGUCAGAAUCACACAGAAUGUUUAGCGGAUGUAAUUUUGUCUGAAGUUGCACAAUGCUUUGUAAAUCCAAAAAUGGGCAUAGCCCUAUGUUUUUGCAACAAAUGGCAUUUAACUAUAGUAUUUCAGUGCCAGGAAGGGUUUUUUUCAUGAAUACUUUGUUAGAUGAGCUAGAUUCCCUUUCUUAUUCUUGUCACAGAUAUUUAUAUUGCUUGCUUGCUUGCUUUUUUAAAUUUGUGAAAGAUCAUUUUUUAGAGGGGCCUCACCAAAUGUGUCUGUUCUUAUUACUCUGUUAGCAGUCUGCUCUUAACUGAUUAGUCAAGCAAAUCUGUUUGUCUGCUCCUUCAUAGCCUGUGAGUGAACCACAACAUUCCUUGGAGCAGGGGGGAAAACAUUUCUAAAUUCUUUAAUACUUUCUGAGUAUAUUUGUAGACAUCAUCCCAUUUAACACUGCAUAUCUGUCAGCUGCAAUUGAUUAAAGAAGUAAAUACAGUAGGUUCUAUAUUGUGCUUUUAAAAGUACUUGUACAUUUUGAAACAGCAGUGGUACCAUAAUAUAACCCUUGUGCUUCUGUAUGUGACUUAACUAUUUAAAACUCUGAUUAUUAACAUUUAUGUGAUCGUGCUUUGGUAUAAUAUGCUAGCAAAGCAACUGUGUUCUGGAAAGUUAAUGCAAAUUACAGUUCAGUGAUAUGUGGUCCUUGUUGAAUUAUUUAUUUUCAAUAAUUGCAGUUUUUCUAUAGUAUUUAAAAUACAUGCCCCAAGUGCUACAAAAUCUGGCAGCAAAGUACCACAAAAUUGCAACAAAGCACCUACAAGCAUAGAAUUAAUAAUUAACCAUCACAGUGUCUAUUACUGAAGGUAAUAACACAUAGAAAGUCAGAAUUACCAACUGUGUAAAAACUGUUAUAUGUUUUCAUGGAGUGUGUUCCCUGUGGCAGAUUGCUUUGUUAAUGUGUAACAAAUUAUUGCUUGUGGUACACACAAGACUUUACUAUAUCCAUUACAAAACUACAGUAUUAAUUCAAUAGUCUACAAUAUUCCAUACAUAUCCUGUGAAAUGUGAAGUUGCAUUAAUGAAAUAAAUAAAUAUUUCAGAA